UCAAUCGAUGGUUCUAGCCCGUUCUAGAUCAUUAGCGAAGUGACUUGAAAGGCAAGGAAAGGGUUGAUAAGUGUAUAAAUAUGGCAAGUCGACAGAUGUACCCCAAUCCUUACAUGACUCAACAGCCAAAUAGUAACGAUUUACCGCCAGGGUGGGAAAUGAUUUUGGAUAAGAUGACAGGAUGGCCGUAUUUUAUUGACCAUAACACCAGACAGACAACUUGGGAAGAUCCCCGCAUCCGAAUGGGUCAGAGACAACAACAGCAACCACCAUACGGAGGAGGAAAUUUACGUGAACUUCCAGUCAAGCACGAAAAUAGCAGCAUGCAACAGCAGUAUCCACAGAUGCCUCAACCCUAUCCUCAGCAGCAGCAGUAUCCGCAGCAAUCGUAUCCACAACAACAGUAUCCACAGCAGCCCUAUCCUCCUCAGCAAUCGUGGCAGAAUCCCAUCUCCACAGCCAGUGAUACCCACAUGGCCAGUCCCCCAAGGACAGCAACCCCCCCUAGGGUUGGCACACCACCAAGGCAUGGUGUGAACUUUCCCCAACAACAGGGAAGAUCCUCCCCAGUCGUCAGAGAGAUCCCUAUACAUCAUGUAACAACACCAGGAAAUAGAGGACAACAGACUGAGACCCCCUCUCAAGGUCCUAAUGCAGAUUUGGGAAGUUAUACAAUAUACACCGGAGUAUCUGGGGGACCUCAACAGACUCCGAAUAGUACACAGAGCUACCAACAACAGGGGCCAACUGGUCAACCUCCUGGUCAGUAUUCCCAGUCUCACCAACAACAGCCAUCAGUUGCUGCACAGUCGGUCUUUCCACCAAGUCAGCCUCAGAACUAUAGACAGGAGCCACCAAACUUCAACACGCCUAGACCUCAACAGCCAUACCACCAUCCACCCCAAGCAUCCUACCAGCAUCCACCCCAAUCAUACCAACCACCAGUGCAGCAGAGUUUCCCGCAACCACCCCAAAGCCAGCAACCAUCAGCCCCUCCUCCUAGCUUUCAACAGUCUUCAGCUGCAUCACAGGGCAUGCAGGGUGACGGUCCCCGACCAGUGGAGAGAGUCAUCCCAAUACACCACCAAUUGUCAAGCCAAGGUCAAGGCAACAACCAGGGUCAGGGUCAACAACAGACACAUUAUGAAGGCACACCUCACCCACGGCAACAGAUCCCCCAACCAGAUUACCCUAACUCUGCCCCGUCUGCUCCUCGGUCCACCCAGUUCAGUGCACCUCCAACAGUAAACCAGUCCAACACAGAGUCUGACAGGAAGGGCUCUUCUGACGAUGUUAACAGCCAGACUAAUGGACAUACUAGACCAGAUAAACCUAAGACUCCUAUGGACACCAUUUCAGGUAUUCUCUCAGAGGUCAGAGAGUAUGAAGAAAAAGUGGCUAACUUUCAGGGUUUAAAGACUGAUAAAGAAUAUAAAUAUCUUGAAGAAAUGCUUACUCGUAAUUUAUUGAAGUUGGAUGGCAUCGAGUCGGGAUCAAACAUUGACAUUCGACAAGCACGUAAAAAUGCUGUACGUGAAAUCCAAUCUAGCUUGGAUCAAUUAGAACUAAAAGCUUUCUCUGCAGAACAGAGUGUGGACUCUAGUCGUGAUAGUGCGUCGGAACAGACGGGAAGCACAUCCGACAAUAACAAGCAGCAGAAUAUAUCACAUAUUUCUGUAUCUUCAUCUGAUGAUAAACCAGAUCCCACCAAAGUCAAAGAAAUGGUUUUAGACAGUGAAGUUAACUGCUAGCUGUGAUAAUAUUACUAGAUUCUUGAUAUAUUGAUAUUAUUGUCUUUUCUUUAGAUUUAUUGUACAAUGUACUUGUUUCUUUAUAACUUAUGGGAGGCAAUAUAGGUGAUAGACUUUGUAGAGGCUUGUUUUUCAUCCUGUUUGGUAACAUUACAAAAUAUGAAUGCUAGGUCAUAAUCAAAAGAAACAAACAGCACAAGAAUUGUAAAACAUUCCUUGUUUUUAUACAUGGAACUGUUCUCAAUCUUUGCUUACAACAUGCUUUGAAAAUGCAUGUUAAAUUAUUUGACAAACUUUUGAAUUUUUCUUCAAAUAUAAUAUGUGGAGCCUAUAAUGACAAACCAUAAUAGAUACACUAUCUGUUGAAGCUGUUGGAAUAGAACCCUGAAAACAAAACUAUAUGAAAAAAGAAAUAAAAUAGAAAAUAGAAUUAUUGUAUUUUUACCGAUUUGUAAUUGCAAGUGUUGUAGAAUAGAAAAAUAAUGUUUUUAACUAAUUUGCAUCCCAAAUUUCCUGCCAGAUCUCAAGGUAUUUCAAUCAGGCAAGGUUUAAUAUUCUUAUUUUGUUUGUUUGAGAGAUUUUGCAUGUUGGUACUAAUUUAACUACUUGUAUUGAUAUGAUGACUCCUGUGUCGGAAGAGUAUAUUUUUUCUGAUCAAUUUAUAUAUACACAACUUUAACACUGCAAAAAUAUCCAUCAUGUAGACAAUUCUGUACCAUAGAUGUGCUGUUUUCUUUUGAAAAAAUAUAUUUGGAUUUAUGUGUUUGGGAUUCAUGUACAUUUGUAUGUGAUGUAGGCAUGUCUGUUUACUUUUUAGUAGCUACUGAUCAUGUAAACCUUUUUAUAAAAACUAAAUUUAAGAAUUAAAUGACAAUUUUUUUCAAUUAAAACCCAUUAUUAUUGGUGAAAUAAUAGUUAAUCACUCACAGGGCUUUGCUUGACCAUUAGAUAAAUAUUUCUGACUCCCAAAAUUUUAUUUCACUCUUGUGUUUACAAGAAGAAGUCAUUUUCACAUAUUUAUUUGACUUUUAGAAUUGCGGAAUGUCAAGGGUCAACUUUGCCACUGUGGCCAGAUUUUUACAUUGGAAUACGUUGUACAAUAUUUUGUGUUUGCAAUCUGUUAUAGGGAGAUUUAGGAAUUAUGAACGGAAAACAAGGGGAAGGUUGUGACUAAAUGUAGCAAGGUGUUACUUAUAUAUCAAGGUUCUCAUAUUAUUAUUGCAGAAUUUUUGUUUUUGGUGAAUGUAACUUAUUAUUUUUAAGUAAAAAACAUACUGGGACACAACUUGGCAUGCCUGUCUAUCUGAAGGUCCAGGCGAGCAUUUCAAAAUUGUUUGUCCCAAUCAGCAGUGAUCUAGUCUUACAUGUGAUGUACAAAAUCAUAAGUUGAGAUGAAAGCCAAAAAUUAAUUGUUGAAUUAUAAUAUGUUUGUAUAUAUAUUUACUUAGAGAAAUAUUUGUCUCCUAAAACUGUGAACAAGUCAUUAUAACACAAUAUGUGUUCAUAUUCGUGGUUAAUUCUUGUAAAAGGAAAACAUGUAAUAUAUACUUUUCCUUUUACAAAGUUGUUACAGUUUCUGUUGGUUGUACAUAUUAUUUAUCAAAUAAAAGUUGUUUGCAGAUGCUUUCGUAUUAUUAGAUUCAGUCUUUUGUAUUGUAUUCAUAACAUAUGUUGAAGUGUGUCUUAAGGCUGCUUGUUAUAGAACAAAGACAUAUUAUUGAUGUGCUAGUUUCUGAAAUUUUACCAUUCAGGGGAAUGUGUAUAAUUGAAACAUUAAAUUUCCCAAUAUAUUUGUAGUACAGGAACAUGUUUUAAAUACCCGUUCCCUAUUAUAGAUGACAAGUCAAAUCAAAAUUUCUUCCAAUGUUCCAGUGUGUUGAUGUGUAAGCCUACAAACAAAAGUACAUGUAUUUUUUUUUUAAUUUUUAUCUAUUUUUUUGUUUUUGAUGAAUUGGUCCCAUGAACAGUAAUACUAAGUUAGCUCUUCCUUGGUUCUUUACUGUACAACCUGGUCUUGUUUCCUAUAGACAUGGUACAACUUAGCUUGGUCUGUUUUCCUAUAGACGUGGUACAACUUGGUCUUGUUUCCUAUAGACUUUGUACAACUUGAUCCAGUUUCCUGUAGACUUGGUAUAACUUGAUCCAGUUUCCUGUAGACUUGGUACAACUUGGUCUUGUUUCCUGUAGACUUGGUACAACUUGAUCCAGUUUCCUGUAGACUUGGUACAACUUGGUCUUGUUUCCUGUAGACUUGGUGUAACUUGAUCCAGUUUCCUGUAGACUUGGUAUAACUUGAUCCAGUUUCCUGUAGACUUGGUAUAACUUGAUCCAGUUUCCUGUAGACUUGGUACAACUUGGUCUUGUUUCCUAUAGACAUGGUACAACUUGGUCUGUUUUCCUAUAGACGUGGUACAACUUGGUCUUGUUUCCUAUAGACUUUGUACAACUUGAUCCAGUUUCCUGUAGACUUGGUAUAAUUUGAUCCAGUUUCCUGUAGACUUGGUACAACUUGGUCUUGUUUCCUAUAGACAUGGUACAACUUGGUCUGUUUUCCUAUAGACAUGGUACAACUUGGUCUUGUUUCCUAUAGACUUUGUACAACUUGAUCCAGUUUCCUGUAGACUUGGUAUAACUUGAUCCAGUUUCCUGUAGACUUGGUACAACUUGGUCUUGUUUCCUGUAGACUUGAUGUAACUUGAUCCAGUUUCCUGUAGACUUGGUACAACUUGGUCUUGUUUCCUGUAGACUUGGUGUAACUUGAUCCAGUUUCCUGUAGACUUGGUAUAACUUGAUCCAGUUUCCUGUAGACUUGGUACAACUUGGUCUUGUUUCCUAUAGACUUGGUACAACUUGGUCUUGUUUCCUAUAUACUUGGUACAACUUGGUCUUGUUUCCUAUAGACUUGGUACAACUUUGUCUUUUUUCCUAUAGACUUGAAACAACUUGAUCCAGUUUCCUGUAGACUUGGUAUAACUUGAUCCAGUUUCCUGUAGACGUGGUACAACUUGGUCUUGUUUCCUAUAGACUUGGUACAACUUUGUCUUUUUUCCUAUAGACUUGAAACAACUUGAUCCAGUUUCCUGUAGACUUGGUAUAACUUGAUCCAGUUUCCUGUAGACUUGGUAUAACUUGAUCCAGUUUCCUGUAGACUUGGUAUAACUUGAUCCAGUUUCCUGUAGACUUGGUACAACCUGGUCUUCUAAGUGCUGAUGGAUUUGUGCAAAUGUCUGCAGCUACUACCUAAAAUCAUUGUGGAAAUGAUGGAAAUUCAGCUGGGAUAUGUUAGCAAAAUAAUACAUUAAGAGAUAAUUGAUCAUUUAUAAAUUGAUUCAGUCUGACUCCUGUUGUGCUAGAUACUGGAUAGUAAGUUAAAGUCAUGGACACACUACUACUGGGUAUUGAUGUUAUAUAUGCUUUAAACUUGCAUUGUGUUGUUUUAGUACAAAGAAUUUAAUGAUGUGUUUGUUUGCUACAUUUUGGUUUGAGAUAAACCUAAGGGCAUACAGUUAAUGUACUUUAGUGUUCAGCUGUGCAGAUUGAAGCUCUGAAGUUUACAUUGUAUGGACAUGUAUUGGUGAAAUGUAUACCAUAUUUUCCCCACACUUAACAUAUUUUCAUGUUUCUGCUAGCAUUAAGUGAAAUUACCUCAUUUUAAUUAUAGCCCUGAUAUUCAGAAAAUACCACCAUGGCAUCAUCACUUAUAUAAACGAUACAGGAAUAUAUAAUGUGAUGUGUGUCAUUAUUGAUAAUGGCAUGGUUUAUUGUGUAUACAUGUAGUUAUCACAACUUGAAGUAUAUUUAAAUCUUCAGGAUAACGGUUUUUGAAGUUUGCAAAGCCUUCUUCAACCUUUAAAAUCUCUCCCAUGGAAUAACAUUUCACUGUCUAUAUCAUACAAGUUAUAGACUCUGUUUCUCUUUCUACGCAAAACAAAGGUUAUAGAUUUUUUUCUCGUUUACACAUCACACAAAAAUUGUAGACACAAUUUCUUUUUCUACACAACACAAAGGUUAUAGAUUCCUUUUUUUAAGACAUGAAUACAUCACACACAAGUUAUACAGACUCUAUUUCUCUUUCUACACAACAUUUUUAGAUUCUAUUUCUCAUUUUACAUCACACUAUAGAUAUAUAUUCUAUUUGUCUGUGUCAAUAAUGUUACACAUGGAUUAUAGAUGAUAUUAUGUAUGUAACAAAGUUGAUAUUUUAAAGUACAAAACCCACCUUCAAAAUAGGUUAAUUACCUCGUGUUAUAUAUGGUCUAUUCACUAAAAUCUGCUUGAUGUUUGUUUUACAACCCAUUCACAAUUUGAGUCAUUUUGGGCCAACUGUUUGAUGACUUUGUAAGGAAAUGAAAUGUCACAAAAAUAUUUACAUUGAUAACACUUAUGUCAAUUCAGUAAUCAAUAAUAUCGGAUACAUAUUUAUUCUGGAGUCUUAGCAUUAAUACAAUAUUAGAUAUGGACCUACAGCUUCUUUCUAUGUACUGACCUUGAAUGACCUUUUGGUGUUGAUGGAUCUUAACAACAUCAAACAAAAUCUUUAUGUCAGAUUCUCCAUGAUUUGAAGGCCAAAAGUAAACAUGAUUUUGCCAUCCAUUUUAGCAUUCGGUACUACUUUGCUUGAUUUCACUUGUAAGAUAGAAUCAAGUUGCACAGUGGCAAAUUAGUUUGGGGGAGAUAACUCUUAACAGAAGUAUGAUAUGUAUAUGGUAGCAUGUAACCAUUUAUAGUAGGUUUUCACAGAGCUGCAUAUAAGGCUGCAUGCAUUUCCAUUUAGGAUACAAUAUAGGGCGACGUUCAGUGUAUUUUUGUACAUUAAUAUUUCAAAAAAUAUUUUGAUGUUACAAAAAAUACAUAAAAUAAAGAAACAGAUUAAUGUAGUUUUACAAAUUGUACUACUAUAAAUGUAGAAAUUAAUUUUAUAGGUUAAUUACUCAUACAUGUAGGACCAAUUAUGAUUGUUCUGAUUCUUUGUGUUCUCUUUGUUAUUAGCAGUGCUACAAUAAUGUUAUCAAAUAUUCUUUUAUUUUUUUUCUGCCUCAUUUUAAUUGUCGUUGGGGUAUAUUCCUGGUGUGAAGCUUUAAAUUACAGAUUUUUGAGGUUGUGUGUCCAUAACUGUAGAUACUCUUUUUGUUUUGUUAUAUUUUUAAAAGAAAGUGUUGAUAAGAGUAGAUAUCCAUUUGUAUACAAAAAUACAAAUUUAUACAAAACUUGUCUACCUCCUCUGCAGCAAUAUGUCAAUAAAAGGGGAGAUAACUGUGUGAAUUAGGGAGAUUCCGUUAAUUUAGGAAUGAUAUGCAUGCGACAUUGCGAUUGAUAACUGAGUGAUAAGUGCUGUGGACUUGUUUAGGAAUGUGAUUAUAUUGUUUGUGUAGUAAUUAAUAUGCUUAAAUUGUCACAAAAAAUCCAGGAUGUUUUCGUAUGCAUACGUAGAUUUAUCUUGCUCUCAUUUUGAAUGCUGCAUAUUAAACUUAUUUAUUAAAAUGCUCUACCUUUACA